AUGAAGAGGGCGGUGCCGUCGGAGGAGCCCCUCGACGUGUCUUCCGGCGACUCCUCGGCCUCAGAUUCCGACCAAGUAGGCGCGAAGGAGAAGGGCGGGAGCGCCUCCAAAGCUGCUGCUGCGGGAGAAGAUAUGAAGAGGGUGGUGCUGCAUAAGGAAUCCCAUGACGUAUCUUCCGAUGAUGACUUGAGCUCGGAUUCCAACGACGAUGCUGGGGAGGGGAAUGGUUGGAAUGCCUUUGGGCUGCCCAAUUCCUCCAAAUCUGCUUCGGUGGCAGAAGGUUCUCUGAUCAGGAGGGCCGAAAUGUAUCAGCAAUACAUGAAGCACAUUCCUGUUCCUGCUUACUGUGAUUCUGUAAUCCCAUUCACAUCGUGGCUGGGACUCGCUGGAUCGCUGAAGCAGUUGUAUGAACAACCCUUGCAUUACCUCACCAAUGUCCUCCUAAAAACGGCCAAGUCAAAGAAGAAGAAAACUGGUGUGGAUUUUAGUUCUUUGAGCCGGCAUGGAUACCAUGGUGGCCCAUCUGUCUUGACAGUUCGUCCAGUAGAGGAAGCUAACUGGUCUUGGUCCACUGGGAAAGACCGCAAUGACAAAGAAGAUGCACCUGAAUCCUAUGAAGAACGUGAGCGAACCAGGGCUGCAGUGACUGAAGGAGAGAAGCUUAUCGGUCUGCAUAAUGCCCCGCCGAACCAGUUAUUAUUAGAGAAAGACAAGAAGGAUGCUUCCUUCUCACAGAAGGAGAAGCGGAAGAGGGACCGGGGGCAAGCCAGCAGGGGGAAGAACUAUGUUGAGGAGGAGAAGCGGCUCCUGAGGGGGAGCGGCGUGUACUCUGGCUUUGAUACUAACAGUACCAGGUACAAAUACAGCAAGACUUCGAACAUGUAUGCCUACUGA